AUGAGCGAAUUAUUUCGUAGUUACGAAGAUGAAUAUUUUGAAGCAUCUAAUUCUAUUAAACGUUCGUUGGCUGCUUUGAAAAAUCAAACAGGAGAUGCCAAAAAGCAAACUGCCCGAAAGAUUGAAAAAGAUCUUGAUACAGCCAACAAACACAUCAAACAAAUGAAUCUGGAAAUGCAAAGCACAGUAAAUGUUCAAGAAAAAGAAAAUUUAAAAAAGAAGUUAAAAACAUACAAGCAAGAUUUGUCCAAUCUUCAAAAGGAAUUGGAAUCAUCAAAAUCAGAAAAUGCUAGAAACAGAGACGCUCUAUUUUCGGGAUAUGAGGAUGAGCUCCCUGCAGCUAGUGAUGAUUAUAGACAAAGAAUGGUUGAGUCCACUAAAGUUUUGGAACGAUCCAAUGAAUCACUUGCUCGUGCUUCACAAAUUCUCGAUGAAACUGAACAAAUCGGAAUUGAUUCUGCCGCUACCUUGAGAGAACAAGGUGAAAGAAUGAAAAAGACUCGUGACAGGCUCUACGAUGUGGACUCGGAAAUUAAACAAGGUGGUAGAAUUCUCGGUAGAAUGUCUAGACGAGAGAUUUUAAACAAGCUCAUCAUCAUUGGAGUGAUUGUCUUUUUAUUAAUCAUUAUUGGAGUCAUUCUAUUCUUUAUUUUGAAGCCACUUUUUACACCCAAGAGCAAUUAA